UUUGUCCAAAUUGGAACCAUGCUCCCGCUCCCGCUCCGAGUCGGUUCAGUAAAUCGAAAGGCUGACAUAACAGCAACUGGAUAUACUGAUAGAUACUCUUCUCUAACAAUAGAAACAGAUAAAAUAUAUACGCUCUGUCUCUGUUCUCUCUUCUUCAUCAAUGGAGUCAACAUUAUGUAUCUCAACAACCGCAGCUUCAUUCACUCUCUUCAAAUUAUCCAAAGCCCUCAACCGUCAUUUCACUCUCACCAAAGCUGCUGCUUCUUCUUCUUCUUCUUCGUCGCUCUUCACUCGCCGAUUCACUUCCUUUCACUCUUCUUCUUCCUCUUUAAGGUCAUUAUGCGCUCUGUCGCCUCUUAUACGACACCGUUUAGCGUGCGUCUCUAACUCUGCUUCUUCAUCGUUUUCUGCCGGUGGAAACGGCUCUGGCGGUCCAUUUGGUGGUGAUGGAGGUGGAGGUGGAGGUGAUCGAUCGGACGCCGGAGAUUCGAAGUCGAAUUUGGCUGCCGGUGGGACAGAGGAUGUAUCGGCGCUGUCUCCUGAUGUUAUUAUACUCGAUGUUGGAGGAAUGACAUGCGGUGGAUGUGCUGCUAGUGUAAAGAGAAUACUAGAAAGCCAACCACAAGUCUCAUCUGCUACUGUCAAUCUCACGACAGAGACUGCAGUAGUUUGGCCUGUAUCUGAGGCAACAGUUAUACCGAAUUGGAAAAAAGAGUUGGGAGAGGCACUUGCAAAGCAUCUGACUACUUGUGGCUUCAGUUCUAACCCUCGAGAUGCAGGGAGACAAAAAUUUUUUGAUGUUUUUGAGAAGAAAAUGGAUGAAAAGCGUGCUCGCUUAAAAGAAAGUGGUCGCGAGCUUGCUGUCUCUUGGGCUCUCUGUGCUGUAUGCCUCCUUGGACAUCUUUCACAUAUAUUUCCACUGAAGGCUUCAUGGAUCCAUUUAUUUCAUUCCACAGGAUUCCAUCUGUCCAUGUCUUUGUUUACAUUGCUUGGUCCUGGACGUCAACUUAUCCUUGAUGGCUUGAAAAGCCUUUUUAAGGGGGCUCCUAAUAUGAACACUUUAGUUGGUCUUGGGGCAUUAUCUUCAUUUGCUGUUAGUUCAUUAGCUGCCUUAAUACCAAGGCUGGGUUGGAAGGCGUUCUUUGAGGAGCCAAUAAUGUUAAUAGCUUUUGUCUUGCUGGGAAGGAAUCUAGAACAAAGAGCAAAAAUUAAAGCAGCCAGUGACAUGACUGGACUUCUAAGUAUUUUACCUUCAAAAGCCCGUCUUCUGGUUCAAAGUAAUAUAGAAGAUCCAGGCUCAAUUGUUGAGGUUCCUUGUACCAGUCUCUCUGUGGGUGACCAAAUUGUUGUAUUACCUGGAGAUCGUGUUCCAGCAGAUGGGAUAGUUAGAGCUGGUCGAAGCACCAUUGAUGAGUCAAGUUUCACAGGGGAGCCAUUGCCAGUGACUAAACUACCUGGGAGUAAAGUAGCAGCUGGAAGUAUAAACCUGAAUGGAACUCUAACUGUUGAAGUCCAGAGACCAGGUGGCGAGACUGCCAUAGGAGACAUUGUCCGUUUGGUAGAAGAAGCACAGGGCAGAGAGGCUCCAGUACAACGAUUAGCCGACAAGGUAUCUGGGCAUUUUACUUACGGAGUGAUGGCACUUUCAGCUGCUACUUUUAUGUUCUGGAAGUUGUUUGGAACACAUAUGCUCCCUCCUGCUGUUUACCAUGGGAAUCCUGUUUCACUGGCUCUGCAGCUCUCUUGCAGUGUUUUGGUUAUUGCUUGUCCAUGUGCACUUGGCUUGGCCACACCUACUGCUGUGCUGGUUGGAACCUCAUUGGGUGCAACAAGAGGAUUGCUUUUGCGUGGUGGAAAUGUUUUAGAGAAAUUUUCAAUGGUAAAGACCAUUGUAUUUGACAAAACAGGAACCCUGACAAUUGGCAGACCUGUUGUGACAAAGGUUGUUACACUUGGAGAUAUAAAAAUUACAGAUACACAAAUGAAUGCAAAUCAUAAAUGGUCAGAAGUUGAAGUUCUAAGGUUAGCUGCUGCUGUAGAAUCAAAUACUCUUCAUCCAGUUGGAAAAGCUAUAGUACAAGCUGCUCAGGCUGUCACUUAUCAAAACAUGAAGGUGACAGAUGGAACAUUCAUGGAGGAACCUGGGUCUGGUGCUGUAGCUACCGUUGACAACAAGCAAGUUUCUGUUGGAACACUUGACUGGGUUCAGAGGAAUGGAGUUGAUGGGAUUCUAUUUCAAGAAGUAGAGGAUCUUAAGAAUCAAUCAAUUGUCUAUGUUGGAGUAGAGAAUACCCUUGCUGGUAUUAUAUACUUAGAAGAUCAAAUUAGAGAAGAUGCUAGACAAGUUGUUGAAUCCUUGUGUAGACAGGGAAUUGAUGUAUACAUGCUGUCUGGUGAUAAAAGGACAACCGCUGAGCAUGUUGCAUCUGUUGUUGGUAUCCAAAAAGAGAAGGUCUUAGCUGGAGUUAAACCAGAUGAAAAGAAGAAGUUCAUUUCUGAACUUCAGAAGCAUCAGAACAUAGUAGCUAUGGUUGGUGAUGGAAUCAAUGAUGCUGCUGCCUUGGCAUUGUCACACGUGGGAGUUGCAAUGGGUGGAGGUGUCGGAGCUGCAAGUGAGGUGUCUUCUGUUGUGUUGACUGGCAAUAGAUUGUCGCAGCUGCUUGACGCACUGGAGCUAAGCAGACUGACCAUGAAGACUGUGAAGCAAAAUCUCUGGUGGGCUUUUGCGUAUAACAUUAUUGGAAUCCCGAUUGCAGCUGGCAUGCUGCUACCACUAACCGGGACCAUGCUGACUCCAUCAAUUGCUGGAGCUCUCAUGGGCUUAAGUUCCAUUGGAGUGAUGACAAAUUCAUUGCUACUGAGAUUCAAAUUUUCCUCAAAGCAGACACAGGACAGCAAAGCAUCUCCAAGCACCAAUGUCUCUUUUGGUUCUGAUCAUCUCAUAGACCAAACAAAGAAAAUGAAGCUAUCUUCAUCGGGUGCUAAAUGGAGAGAAGCACGAUAAUGAUGCAGGCUUAGGCAACAAACUUCAUAUUGAUAUUGAAGGAAAAGAUGACAUGACAUGACAAGUGGAGUGCAGCCUCAAGAAUAGACUAUAAUCAAGAUGGAGGUGUUGCCAGCCAUUAUGUCUCCUUUUUCUCAGCUGUACAGUGAUUUGUUAAGAGAAAGUAACGAGUUGAUGGAGAAAAGCGAGGUUAUCAGUUUCAGCUGCACAAUUCGAUUUAGGGUUACUUUUUUCCGAUUUAAUUUUCCUUUUUUUCUUUAAUUUUUUAAAAUUCAAUUACAUAAACCAUCUUUAUUCUUUUAGUCAUAUUAAUUUAUAUUUUUUUCUUAUAAAGUGUCAUUAAACGCCCCUUUAACUGUGCUUACAAAACAUUCAUUUAAAUUUGUCAAAUUAGUCUUUAACAUGAUAAUAAUAGUUCGAGAGAGGCUCCAUUUCAUUCCA